CUCUGUUCUCUCAGUCUUCACUUAACGGAUUUCACUUUCGUCUCCCGCUUGGCGUCCAUUCAUCUCUUCAGCGACUAACUGAAGAAUUUUGGAAAAGGGAACAAAAAUUUGAAGGACGAAUCGGAGUUUGCGAAUCCCAGAAACCAGAAAUUUCGAGUAGUUGGCUUGUAAUUAAUCAGACAAGAUGGAAGUUAAUGAGUUAUAUCUUGAUCUCCUUGCACUGAGGGAAUUAUACAUCCUCCUCUUAAAGAGCUGUUUGCGAGAUGCAAAUUCAGAACUUCAGCUGGAUGAAAGGGCACAAAUUUUGUUGAAGCAUUUGCUCGAUGAUGCUACUGCUGAAAUUGUCCAGUUUCACUCGAAGACAAAGCCAGUGGAAGAGAAAGUUGCUGAAUGGAUGGAAUACAAUCAAAGUACAAGAAAAACGGGAAAUGUUGCUGCUAAUGACUUAUCAAAUGGUAUUGGUUUAGCACUCAGAAGAAUUGAAUUCCACAUUUUAUCUCUGCAACAUUAUACAAGUCAAAGUAGGAACACAAGAAGCCAUAUCAAUGGAGCUAAAUUAUCCAACUCUCCAUUAGAUCAGCAGAAAGUUCAGUCAAGAAUGGAUCACUCAAAUUUGAAGGCCAGAGUUGCUGAGCCAAUCAAUGGCCAUUGUUCCGAGUUCGUUCACGGGUUUAGAGUACCUCUGUCUCAAGACAAUGUUGAGGCCAUGAAACCUCCAAACGUUGGAACCCAGGUAUCUAAACAAAACAAAGUUAUAAAUCCAGUGAUUCUGAUAGAUAAAUCUCGAUGUUCAGUGGGAUCCAAGGCUACUGUACGGUCCGUGAAUCGAACUCAGAUACACGAAAGGCGGUGCCAAAAUUUGCCUGGUCAUAUGAUCAUGAGGCCAACUUUGCUGAAUCAUAUGAAGACUCGAAUGCCCACUCAGCAAGAAUCAGAAUUUACAAACUCAGAAUCAGAAUCAGUUUCUUCUUCAAGUUGGGCAACUCAGCAGACAAGUGAAACUGAAACCACUGAUUACCCUUCUUCCUCAAGUCACCAAGAGGAUCAACCGGCAACCGGAUCGGAGGUGAGUAGCCGGUACAGAAGCAGCAGAAUUUCCUCAAAAGCAUUUAGAAUCAGCCAUGGGAAAAAGGGGUCGAAGAAAGCGAUCGGACGUUUCAAGAGACUGAGAAACAAACUAGGCCUUAUCUUCCACCACCAUCACCACCACCAUCACCAUCACCACCACAACAGCCAUAAUAACUUCUUCAUGUGGAAGCAGCUAAGAAAGAUCUUCCAUGGCACAGACAAGAAAAGAGUAACAAGUAAAGGACGACACGAAACGCUAAAGAAAACAGCAAUCCGAAGCGUAUCUCGGAAGAAUCAAGUUGGAAGGUUUCAGGCUCUGGCUGAGGGGCUGAGGAGCCAUGUUUGGAAACCGACAGCCAUGAAGAAGAAAGAGCUUAGGAAGCCGAGGUUGGGGAAGAAGGGUGUGAAGAAGUUGCACUGGUGGAGGAUGUUUUGUCGCCGCCGUGGAGUGAAGUUGCCAAAUAAAGGGCGUGUGAAAAUAGGGUAUGUAAAUAGAAAACCACAGCAUAAGAUAGUUUAGUUUGGUGGAACAAUUUUCAAUCUUCUGCAGCCAAUUUGGGCUUUUUAUCCUCUCCUAUGUUGAGCUGCUAUGAGAGUUGAACAUUUUGGUAGACAUAUGUUGUACGUCUCUAGAGAAUGUAAAAGGUUUGUAUUUUUAAUGUUAGUGUAUUCCUAUUGAUUACAAA